GUUUUCUUUUUCCUCCAUCACAUUUUUCAAUCAUGGUCAAGGCCAAAGCUGGUACCAAGCAGAAGGCCAUCACCUCCUUCUUUGGUGGGAAGAAGGAGCCCAAGGAAUCUGCCGAUGAAGCUGCCACAGAGGAGACAUCAUCUGACAGCGGAAAACCUCAGGCCGCUGUAAAGAAAUCGUCCACCUUACCACCCAUCUACGAAACUCCCGCCAUGUUCAGUGACCUGGUGUCUCGUCUUCCAGAAAUCAAGGGUGUCGCCGAGCAUAUCAAAGGUCGAAAGCUACGCGUGGCUACCAUGUGUUCUGGCACAGAAUCACCUCUGCUUGCUCUCGAUCUCAUUGGCCAGGUUAUGCUUGAGCAGCAUGGCAUUCCUCUUGAAUUUGAGUACGUAUUUUCUUGUGAGAUCGAACCAUUCAAGCAAGCAUACAUCGAACGCAAUUUCCAACCGCCACUACUGUUUAGAGAUGUGUGCGAACUGGGAGACCCUCAAGCAACGACAGCCUAUGGCGCAUUAGCCCCUGUUCCGGGAGACGCCGAUCUUCUCGUCGCAGGCACAUCUUGCAAGAAGACGAUCGAUGGCGGAGGAGAAUCUGGUCGCACUUUCCAUGGCAUGAUGUCCUGGGUCACAAAUCACCGACCCCCAUUAGUCAUCCUGGAAAAUGUUUGCUCAGCGCCGUGGGACAGGGUGAAAGAGUAUUUUGAGAAGCAGGGGUACAGCGCGGAGCACAUCAAGGUGGAUACAAAGCAAUACUAUAUCCCGCAUACUCGGAUGCGGAAGUAUCUGUUUGCUGUUGACAAGAGAGGGUCAGGCAUACCCGCAAAAUGGAAAGACUUAGUGAUGAACAAGUUGAAGCGGCCUGCUUCAUCGACACUGGACGCGUUCCUUCUUCCUUCUGACGAUUCUCGCAUCCACCAAGCAAGGCAACUACUUGUUCAAGACGGCAGUGGCUCGGAACCUCGAGCUGGACGCACUGACUGGACCAGAUGUGAAUCGCGCCACGCACGUGCUAGGUUAGAUGAAAAAUUGGGGCAGAAACGACCGCUAACGAGUUGGGAGGAAGGUGGUACUUGCAGACUGCCCGAUUUUGCAUGGCAGGAUUGGGGAAUACGACAGGUAGAACGAGUCUGGGACUUAAUGGAUAUCAGUCUGCUUCGCUCUGCAAAAAUCGGUGUUGACCCAUCAUACAAGACUCUCGUGUGGAACCUUUCGCAAAAUGUCGAUCGCUCAACCGGAUCGAGCAAGACCGGCAUCUGCCCUUGUCUGACCCCGUCCAUGAUUCCAUACAUCACCAAUCGCGGUGGGCCCAUGGUCGGUGUUGAGGCACUGGCCAUGCAGGGGCUUCCCAUUGAUAAAUUGCUUCUGACGAGGGAAAGUCAAGACGAGUUGGCUGACCUUGCGGGAAAUGCCAUGUCAUCUACUGUUGUUGGUGCAUGCAUACUCUCGGCUUUGGUCGCUGGCCAGAAAUUGCUCAAGGCCGGUGACGACACGGAGACGUACGAGAUGAAGAAGGAUGUCGGUCACAAGAACAACGACCAUGCUAUGGAUGUUGACCUCCGCCCCUCUGCCACCACUGGUCUUGAAGAACGCAUCAAAGGAUACCAGGACCUUGCGGAGAGACCGUUAGAUCUGGCUGCCACGCAAACGGACUCGAUUACCCGUAUUUUGGAGGACGCACAGAAGAGUGUCCGUCUUUGUCAAUGCGAGGGUCGCAAGGACGUCACGACGCGCGACCUCUUGUGUUGCUUGCCACGUCUUAGUCCUUCGACAUUCGUGCGGGGGCUGAAGUCUACUCUGCCUAUGUGCAUCUCUCUUACCGGUGUCGACAAGAAGCUUCUUGACAAUCUUAGAGAAACUUCAGGUGUCACAAUCCCGGAAAAACGCUGGAACAGCUGGUCCUCCGCUGUGUUGAGGGCAACUGAUUCAGAGCUCCGCUUUGUCGAACCUAAACGCCAAGAGAUUUGGUCUGCUGUCUACCAAUCACCUCACGCUAUUUUCGAGUUAUACCUCGAACCUAGACAGACAGAGUGGCGCCUUUACGCGAAGCCAAGUGAUAAUGAGCCAGCGAAUGCAGAGAUCCGUCGUUUGCUCCAGAUGCCCGUUGCGAGAUUCAGAUGCAAUAAGGAUCUUCUGCAGGGAUCUUGGCAGUUUGCUCUUCCUGUUGCACGUGAGGUGGCAAUUACCAUCGAGGGCAGCGGAGGCACGGUUCCUUCUUGGGAAGCUCGUCUUGGCUUACUAGACGACGAGUUCAAGGACAAGGAGGUGCAUUCACAGCUUCAUAUCGCCAUCCCCGAAUCCCAAAUAUCUCAUUUUGAUCGCGAUAUUUCCGGAGUGUAUGUUCUCCUCGAUAAGUGUGGGACAGCCAACGGUGCUUUACACAAAAAGCUGCCUAGUGAUGAUGAUGCCUCUUUGCCGCCACUUUUCAUGAUGCUGGAUCCAACAAGAUGCGGAAAUCCCGCAGAAGAUCCAUUCGUCUUUACGUCGAGCACGCGGCGAUAUGAUUUCGGAGAGUUCCGCCCCAUAAUCUGUAAGCUCGACCCUUCAUGGAGGCAGUCGGAUGUCCAGGGGGAACAGCGCGUCAAAUGUCAUGUCCCUCUUCACUGGAUGAACUCGGAGUUGGUCAAGGUUCAACCCCUCGAGCUUGGGAACGCGUCUUUUGCUGUGCCUGGAGGUACCCUUGAAGCCAGCGUUACGACUGACGCAUGCGCAAGUGCCAAUGCCCUUCUAACGUGCACCGUACCUCUUCCUGAAGAUGCGGGUCCAGAGUGGCCUCGCGGCAAUUGGAGAGAAGUCGACAAGAUUCACGAGCGUGGCACUUUCAAGGCCUUGGCUUGGCUGCUGGAACGUAUACGACAUGUGGAUGAUAAUUUCGGUCAUUGGCAGACUGUCAAAGUCCCAGAUGACUUGUUCCACUGCCAACGUUGUGCUCCCACCCCUCCCGCUGUCAAGUGGACCAAGAAUGCCAAGAAAAUAGCUGCUAUUGAAGACAGCCAGGAGGCUGGGCAGUAUGAGAGGGACCUCAAGCUUCGUCCGAGUCCCUUCGUCACGCAGUUGAAGAUGGAUAACCAAGUCGGCGUUGUGAAAGUGGGGCUCAACAUUGCUUCUAUCUUGCACAGGGCUUUAUCACGACUACCUACUGCGAAUCGCUCGGAGCGACCGGUGCUAAGCUGGCGACUGGAUACCGAUUUCGCUUCUUCCGUAAAGAUCCAAAACCCUCCUUUCAGACUGCUCAGUAACAAGUCCGACUCAGAGCAUUCGCAGCCUCCAAACUUUGAUGAGGACAAACUCCCUUUGCGUCCUGAACAGCUGCGCUCCCUCACUUGGAUGAUCGCUCGAGAAACACAAGAUUCUGAACCCUUCAUCGAGGAAGAGAUAUCGGAAGCCAUCCUGGAGCCUCUGGGGUGGCGAGCAGAAGGUCGGGCACAGCGCCCUGUGCACAUCCGAGGUGGUGUUUUGGCAGACCAAGUCGGUUAUGGGAAGACGGCAAUUACUCUGGGGCUUAUCGACUGUACAGCGAAGAGCGUAAAGAAGGAGUUCAAGGAGAAAGGCGAUAUCAUUGGCAAGGUUCCGGUUCAAGCUACAUUAGUCAUCGUUCCUCCUCAUCUCACAAGACAAUGGCGCUCAGAAGCACAGAAAUUCGCGCGCAACCGAUUCAAGAAUAUUGUGGAGAUUUCCACUGCCGCACAGAUCAACAACCUCACCAUCGAAGAUGUUCAGGAUGCGGACCUAGUCAUCGUCGCCUCCAACCUGUUCCAGAGCUCAGUAUAUCUUGCCAACUUGGAAGCCUUCGCUGCCGGAGGCGCCCUACCUACUCAAGAUGGGCGUUACUUCAAUGUACGCAUUGACAUCACGCUGCAAGCCCUACGGAGUCAAGUCGAACGACUGAAAACUGAAGGUUCCGCUAGUGUCAUGGCAAACAUCCGAGACACUCGAAAACGCGAGGAAGAGUUGGAGGCAGAGCUAUUUAUUGCACCAAAGCGUCUCAAGGGGAAGGCCUAUCAGGAAGCUGUAAGCAAAGGGAAGUCGUCUCAGGUCAAGGUCGAGAACAGCGAUUCUUCAUCAGAGAGAGAGAUUUUCCCUGCCAAACCCACCUCAUCUGGCAAAAUCUGCGAAGUCGUCAUCACAGUGCCUAAAAAGAAGAUGCAACCGGUCGCCCCGGAGACUUCGGAUGCCGAGAAUUCAGACUCGCCACGCCCACGAAAGCGACUCCAACGCAAGGCUUCCAAGAAAGUCAUAGUAAUCGAUUCAGAUGAUGAGGCAGAAGGUGAUAACGGCAGUGAUUAUGAAAAUGAAGAUCUCGACGAUGAUCAUGCGGAUGAUGAAUCCGUCGAAGACAUUUCAGAUGCCGAUGAUGUUUCCACCAAAAAGUCGUCAAAAACCAAACGACUUCCCACCAAGCCGUCACCGAAACCAUCACCCCCGCCGACCUCGUCAUCCGAAGAUGGACACUCGAUCGGAGUUUCGUCUGAUGCGGAGAUGAGCGAUGAGGAUGAUGUUGGGAAGAAAGGCAGUAAGGGUAAGGGUAGGCAAUAUGGUCUCAAAGCAGCCCCGAAGAAGAAGGCAACGAAGAAUCCAACCAAGAGCUCUGGCGAAGAUACCGACAGUAUGGACGUCGAUGAUCCACCUUCAUCUCCUGUGUCUUCUAAAACCUCAAAAAAGCGCAAGACCACAGCUUCUGACGACAAACCCGCCAAAAAGCAGAAGCGGCGGGAGGAUACCGACCCUUGGAAACUCGAAACCACCGCAGUUAAGAAAGACUGGACACAAGCUCGCGCUCCACCCUUGGAAGUAUUCCACUUCUCACGAAUCGUCGUUGAUGAGUAUACCUACCUGAGCGGAAAGGUACACUCCAUGGUCACCAAACUAACUGGCGAUCGACGCUGGGUGCUAUCUGGUACCCCGCCGAUUCACGAUUUCGGCUCUGUGAAGACUAUUGCUGCACAUCUGAACAUUCAUCUGGGUAUUGAUGAUAGUGGCGAGGGCAAGUCAGCGAUGAUCAAGAAACGCAUCCGUGAACAGACGAAGGUCGAAGAGUUCCACUCAUUCCGUGAGGUACACACGCAGGAGUGGCAUGCGCAUCGUCACAGUCUCGGCCAAUUAUUCCUUGACAUGUUCGUGCGGCAGAAUAUCGCAGAAAUUGACGAGAUACCAUGUACAUUCAAAAUUGUCAAAGUCGUUUUGCCUGCCGCAGAACGAGCGAUCUACUUGGAAUUAGAACACCACCUUCGCGCCAUCGAUAUGGUUGCCAAACGCACGAGGAAGUCGGAGAGUGACCGAGAGAAGCGCCUCAAUAUUGCACUUGGCGAGAGCAAGACCGCAGAGGAAGCCCUUUUGAAGCGUUGUUCUCAUUUCGACCUUGAAACCAAGGACAAGGAGAAUGCUAUGAAAGCCUGUGAGAUCAUCGUCGAAGAGCGAACCGAGCAGCUGGAAGCCUGUAAGAAAGAACUGCUGAAGGAGCUCCAGAAGGCCGUCAAGAAAGAGAAAUCUAUUGGCAAGCUCCCAGAAGAAAGCAUGUUCCAGGAGUACGCCCGCGUUUCUAGAGAUGAAGGCGGUGUCGGUGACCAUGAAGCUACGGACACUAUUCGGGAUCUUCUUACAGAGGCUGAAGUCCCCGUUCUAUCUUCGACCUACUGGAAGAACAAAGCCAAGGGCGAUAUGAACCUGGCGGAGAAAACGAAGGAGGCUGUAUGGGAACAUCGUGAGCAAACGCACAUUAUCCGUAAGCUCACGAAGGAACUCGUUGGACGCGUCCGGUCGCUUCGUUACUUCACCGUUGUGCGCGACCUGCAGAAGCAAAGAGAUGCGCCUCCUAUCGUCUCAUGUCCAGCAUGCGAGCGCAGCGAGAUACCCAUGGAUGAAGUUGCUGUGUUGUCUUCAUGCGGCCACACAGGCUGCAUGAGUUGUGUAAAGGAAGCCGCUGACCGAGAGGAAUGCGUGUACCAUCCCUCUGGUCAAUGCAAUGCUGCUGCUCGUGCUCUCAACAUUGUCAAGGGACAAACUCUGGGAGUUGAUGAUGAAGCUCGCGAUGGACGCGGUAAGCACUACGGGAAGAAAUUGGAGAUGGUUGUGGACCUUGUGAAGAACCAAAUCCCGAAGAAGGACCGGGUUCUCAUCUUCGUCCAGUUUCCCGAUCUCAUGGCAAAAGUCGCUCAUGCAUUGAAGAUGCACAAGAUCGAGUUCUUGGAAAUAAACGGCUCUGCAACUCAGAAAAGCAAGAACUUGGAGCAGUUCCAGAACGACAGUAAAGAACGCGUGCUUCUGUUGAACGUCAUGGAUGAGAGCGCUAGCGGUGCGAACUUGACGGUUGCCAACCAUGGAAUCUUUCUUUCCCCUCUCCUCGCCCAGAGCCAGGAGAUAUAUGACGCUUGUGAGACCCAGGCAAUUGGACGAUUGAGGAGGUAUGGGCAGAUCAAGCAUGUCAGCAUUCACCGGUUCAUAACGACGGACACGAUCGAUGUUGAGAUAUUCGAGGAGAGGGCCAAGAUGAAAGUCUAGAGCACGGUAACGCAUUGCAUAUGAAACCCACGCAACUUGGGUACAGUAAAUUGACGUACUGGUACACCACUAGCAUAUAGGAUAGAUAUACUUACCAUGUAGCAUACAGAAAUAUGGACGUCAAGAAUGCCACAUUUAUUUACAAUUAAUAAACCGACGUACUUGCAA